CGCGCAUUUAACUCGGACCUUUAUAACAAACAGUGCGCAAGAUCGAUACAGAGGUAGAUCUCUUAGCGGCCGGAAUCAUUUGCAGUGGAUAGAAGAAAACUAGCGAGUUUCAGCUGCUGUGAAGAGAGAGAGAGACACGUGUGGUUUGUGCCAUUUGAGCGUGAGAGACAAUGGUUGGACCGUCGCGGCCUCAGAUCGUUCUGUUUGGAUCCUCCAUCGUUCAGAUGAGUUUCGGCCAUGGAGGUUGGGGUGCCAUUCUCUCCGAGGUCUAUGCUCGUAAGGCCGACAUCAUUCUGCGAGGAUAUUAUGGGUGGAACUCAACUCGUGCUUUGGAAGUUGUGGACCAAGUGUUUCCCAAGGAUGCUGAGGUACAACCUUCUCUGGUAGUUGUCUAUUUUGGAGGAAACGACUCAAUGGCGCCUCACCCUUCUGGUCUAGGACCUCACGUUCCACUUACCGAAUACGUUGACAACAUGAAGAACAUCGCUCUUCAUCUUCAGAGCCUUUCGGACUCAACACGUAUCAUAUUUCUAAGCUGCCCUCCAGUGGACGAGGGCAAACUUCGUCAGAACCAAAGCCCAUACUUGAGCGAGGUGAUCCGCACAAACGAGCUCUGCAAGACUUAUUCAGACGCUUGCGUGGAGCUGUGCCAAGAGCUAGGUUUACAAGUAGUUGAUCUCUUCUCCACUCUUCAGAAAUCAGAUGACUGGGAAACCGUUUGCUUCACAGAUGGGAUUCAUUUGUCAGCGCAAGGAAGCAAACUGGUGGCUGCAGAGAUACUGAGAGUGGUGAAAGAAGCGGAAUGGACACCGUCGCUUCACUGGAAAUCGAUGCCAACUGAAUUCUCUGAGGACUCACCUUAUGAUCUUGUUUCAGCUGAUGGCAAAAACACCGUCAACUCUUCAGAGUGGACCUACUUCUGGGAACAACAAUGGGACUAAACAUUUACAACAACAAGACCUUUAUAGAAUGUGUUGUUUUUGCCUUGGCCAUUUUCGAUUCUAAAAUGUCGUACCGUUGCUUUGUUUUUGUUUUCUGAAACGUUAUUAUUAUUUUUUCUUUCUCCAAGAACUACUGAUAGGAAUCAAAGACUCGAAGCUUGUGCUUGGAUAGUUUCUUCCUUAGUC